AUGAAGCAAAGUACAAUUAGAGGAGAAGUCCUUCAAGGAAUAGAGGAGGCUAUGCGUCGUGGCGAUGACGAGGCUUCUUCAAUUGGGACACGAAUCAUUUUGCCUUCCUCCUUCACUGGUGGUAGACGUUAUAUGUUUAACCGUUGUCAGGAUGCCAUGGCGAUUUGCAAACAUUUUGGGUAUCCAGAUUUAUUCCUCACUAUUACGUGUAAUCCAAAUUGGCCUGAGUUUCAGCGGUUCACGGAGCGAGAGCGAAUUCCGAUCGCUGAUCGUCCUAAUAUCUCUUGUCGUGUCUUUCAUGCCAAGUUGAAGUGCCUCCUUAGUGAUCUCAAGAAAGGUGUGUUUUUUGGUCCACUUAAUGCAGGUAUGUAUACUAUUGAGUUCCAAAAAAGAGAUCUACCGCAUGCACACAUGUUACUCUGGCUUAACGGGGAAAGCAACUUACAAAGUGUUGAAAUUGUUGAUGAAUUCAUCUGUGCCGAGCUACCCAAUCCCCAGAAAUUUCCAUCUCUUUAUAAUGUCGUCACCAAGUACAUGAUCCAUGGUCCCUGUGGUCCACUUAGACCGAGUUCUCCUUGCAUGAAAGAUGGUAAGUGCUCAAAAUUUUAUCCGAAAAGAUUUGUUGACCAAACGAGCUUUGAUGAAGAUGGCUAUCCAAUAUAUAGACGUCGUAAUAUGGGUGUCACAGUGAAGAUCAACGAUGUCGAUAUUGACAACAGAUUUGUUGUGCCCUAUAAUCCACUGUUGUUAAUGAAAUAUCAAUCUCACAUAAAUCUCGAGUUCUGUAACAAGUCAAACGUGAUUAAGUAUCUAUUUAAGUAUGUUAACAAGGGUCCGGAUUGGGUGACCACAACUGCUGGAGAAAGAUAUGAUGUUGGUGAAUCUUCUCAGAGGUUGACUUUUCACUUGCCCAACCAGCAACAUGUUGUAUUCGAUGAUGCUGAUAUCACUACUCAUGUUUAUUUGCGUAACAAAGAUUUGCUGACGAUGUUUACGGGUUGGAUGAUGGCCAACAGGCGGUUCUCGGAAGGGCGGUCUCUAACAUAUGUUGAAUAUCCAGACAAAUUUGUUUAUUGUUUGAGGAGCAGGGAGUGGAAGCCAAGACAAAGGGGAUUCUCAAUUGGAAGAUUGAGUUUUGCUCAUCCCUCAUCUGGUGAACUUUUCUACAUGCGGAUGCUUUUGAAUGUGCAGAGAGGUUGUACCAGCUUUCGAAGCAUAAGAACCGUUAAUGGUGUUACUUAUGAUACAUUUCAAGAGGCAUGUUCCGCCAUGGGAUUCUUGAUAGAUGAUAAGGAGUAUGUUUCUGCUAUUAAGGAAGUCACCGAGUUAGCGUCAGCUGCACAGCUAAGGAGGCUUUUUGUGAUGUUGCUGUUAUCUGGUUCCAUGGGAAGACCUCUGUUAGUUUGGGAGCAAACUUGGACUUAUUUGUCUGAUGAUAUUCUUUACCGCAGAAGACACGAGCUGCAAUAUCCUUGUAAGAUUUUUGUUCGUCGUGAAUUUAUUACAAGACAGAUUGAGAGACUAUUGCAGAGUAAUGGAAAAUCAUUGAGAAAUUAUGCUGGCAUGCCGGUUCCUAAUAACUCUUUAGUCUCCCAAUUUAGCAAUUUGAUGCUGCUGUGUGAGUUGCAGUAUGAUACUGUUUCUUUGUCUCGUGAGCACGAUGCAAAUAUCUUAAAGUUAAAUGAAGAACAGAUGGUGGUCUACGAUAAAAUUAUUGACUGUGUUUUGAAUAAGAGGGAUGGAUUCUUUUUUGUGUACGGUGGUAUUGCUUCUCUGUUGUUACCUGGUGGUAAGACGGCGCAUUCUAUGUUCAAUAUUCCUGUUGACCUGACUGAAGACACUGUUUGCCGGAUUAAGAAGGACAGUCCAAAAGCUGAGGUAUUUCGAUUAGCCGAUUUGAUUAUUUGGGAUGAGGCACCGAUGACUAACAAAUUAGCAUUUGAAGCGCUUGAUAGGACGUUGCGUGAUAUAAUGGUUUCAGUCUCUGAUAGGAAUAAAGAUUUACCUUUUGGUGGGAAGCUGGUCGUUCUGGGUGGUGAUUUCAGUUUUGCGAUUGACAAAAAAUAUGAGAUUGGAUACUUCAAAUCGGUGAAGGUCGAUGUGGAACAGUGGUCAACGAUAAACUUUUUUGUUGAUAUUCCUUCUGAUCUAAUCAUUCCUGUCUUGGAAAAUCCAGUGGAAGAUAUUAUAAAUACAAUCUAUCUGAAUUUGGUUCAGAAUUUUUGUGAUCCAAGUUUUUUCCAAGAUAGGGCAAUACUCGCUCCGACUGUCGACAAUGUUGAAGAGAUAAACAAUUAUAUAGUUGACUUGUUGCCCGGUGAGGAGAAAAAUUAUCUCCGUGCUGAUUCGAUAUGUGGUAGUGAUGCCUAUUCUGAUGUUGAUAUUAGGUGUUCUGGUCUACCUAAUCAUUUGUUGAAGUUGAAAAUAGGCGUGCCUAUUAUUUUGUUGAGGAAUAUUUAUCCGGCUGGGGGUUUGUGUAAUGGGACUCGACUUGUUGUGCGAGAUCUAGGGACAAAUGUGAUCGGUGCCGAUAUUGUUUCUGGUAGCAAUGUUGGGGAUAAAGUUUUUAUCACUAGAAUGAAUAUGAUUCCUAGUGAUACGGUUAUACCGUUUAAAUUCCAACAUCGUCAAUUUCUGGUUUCUCUGUCGUUUGCAAUGACAAUCAACAAAAGCCAGGAUCAGACAUUAUCAACAGUCAGUUUGUUCUUGCGUCGUCCUGUGUUUUCUCACGGUCAGCUUUAUGUAGCUCUUUCCCGAGUUAGGAAUAGAAAUGGUCUUAAGAUUUUACUUUGUGAUGAAGGAUUAGUUGAUGCUGCCAGGACUAAAAACGUUGUAUUUAAGGAAGUUUUUGAUAAGAUAUAA